GCCACUAUGCAGCGUGAACUUCACUAUGAACUCAGACACUAUGCACAAGAAUGCAGACUAACUUCCAAAGGGCUCCUUAGAGCGCAAGUGGUAACACUCAAUGAGCCAAGGUCAUGCACCUGGGCCCUAUCAUGCAUAAUACAAUCUGAGGCACCUCUCUGGUCAUGCUUAUGACAUGGUGAGUGAGUGAAGGUGGAGGCGACUACACAAACC